AUGGCGACUAAGAGCCAUCCAAACCUGGUGAGGCUGCUGGGGUACUGCUUUGACAUGAGCUACGAGGCGGAGCGCAUGGAGCAGAUCGUCGUCGAUGAGUUCAUGGCCAAUGGCGACCUCGACCGAUGGAUCGGACCUGAUGCACCCCACCCUCUCACAAUGCAGCAACGACUCGCCAUCCUGAUGGGCAUGGUGCGCGGGCUGGAUUAUCUGCACGGCUUCAGCAUCGUGCAUCGCGACAUCAAGCCCGCCAAUGUGCUGCUGGACGCGCGCAUGCACGCCAAGCUCGCUGUCUUUGGGCUGGUGCGACUUGGGGAUGGUACAUCUGUGGCCGCCACCCGAGUCAUGGGCACGCCGGGCUAUGUGGACCCCACUUACUACCGCUCCCACAAGGCCGCUCCCAAGGCCGACAUGCACAGCUUUGGAGUAGUGAUGCUGGCGGUGAUCACGGCCGCAGCAUCCCUUGUGGCAGUAGGGGACGUGGCGGCCCUCAAGGACCCGCACCUGCAAGCACCGGACGAUCUGGUGCUGUGCAUGGCACGCCUGGCGCUCACCUGUACCGCCAUGCCCACGGCGUCUCGCCCGGGCAUGAGCCGUGUGCUGGCAGAGCUGCUGCUGCUCAAGGAGGAGUUCUAUGGGGAGGACGAGGACCGCAUGGCUGCCCGCAUCGACCACGAGAUUGAGAGCUCCGAGCAGGUUGAUUUCAGCUUGGAGUUGGCGGAUAUUGAAGGCAUUCAACAUGGUGGACCUCAUUACCUCGCACGCCUGGGCAUCUGCAGAGUGCUGGUGGUGCACUCCAACGGGCUCAAUGAGGUCCCCCCCAAUGGGUCAGUCAGUCCCCCCCAAUGGGUCAAUCAGUCCGCCCCAUAG